CCGCCCCCGACCGUCCGCCCUGGCGCUGGUGGUAAAUCUGCGCCUGCGUACGGACUGGUGCGGUAACUUCGGACAUGGGGUUUGGUUGUCAGUGGGCUUUUUGGUCUCUGUCGUAACCAUGGAGUUAUAUAAAUGCUUCUGAGGUGUAGGCCUCUGGUGGUGGUCUGAGCCCUGGAGUCUCCUAGGUGGUUACCUUUCUGGAACACGUUACAUUUGGAGGCUAAGAGGGGGAACACUUGAAUUUUUGUUUCCCUAAUUCUUUGCUGUCGACUUCUAAAAUUGAGUACAAACUUACAGAUGUCCAAAAAUGAUUGAGAUAGAGCAGGCAGAGGCCCAGCUUGCUGAGUUAGACCUGCUAGCCAGUAUGUUCCCUGGUGAGAAUGAGCUCAUAGUGAAUGACCAGCUGGCUGUAGCAGAACUGAAAGAUUGUAUUGAAAAGAAGACAAUGGAGGGACGAUCUUCAAAAGUUUACUUUACUAUCAAUAUGAACCUGGAUGUAUCUGAGGAAACAAUGGCGAUGUUUUCUCUGGCCUGUAUUCUUCCCUUUAAAUACCCAGCAGUUCUGCCUGAAAUUACUGUCAGAUCACUAUUACUGAGUAGAUCCCAGCAGACUCAGCUGAACACAGAUCUGACCGCAUUCUUGCAAAAACAUUGUCAUGGAGAUGUUUGUAUACUGAAUGCCACAGAGUGGGUUAGAGAACAUGCUGCUGGCUAUGUCAGCAGAGAUUCUUCAUCUUCACCCACCACAGGAAGUACAGUCCAGUCAAUUGACGUCAUCUUCACGAGACUCUGGAUCUAUAGCCAUCAUAUCUAUAACAAAUGCAAAAGAAAGAAUAUUCUAGAGUGGGCAAAGGAGCUUUCCCUGUCUGGGUUUAGCAUGCCUGGAAAACCUGGUGUUGUUUGUGUGGAAGGCCCACAAAGUGCCUGUGAAGAAUUCUGGUCAAGACUCAGAAAAUUAAACUGGAAGAGAAUUUUAGUUCGCCAUCGAGAAGACAUUCCUUUUGAUGGUACAAAUGAUGAAAUGGAAAGACAAAGGAAAUUUUCCAUUUUCGAAGAAAAAGUGUUCAGUGUUAAUGGAGCCAGGGGAAACCACAUGGACUUCGGUCAGCUGUAUCAGUUCUUAAAUGCCAAAGCAUGUGGGGAUGUUUUCCAGAUGUUCUUUGGUGUAGAAGGACAAUGACAACAAAAGAGGAGUUGAAACUAUCUUGUCACUGUUGACCUUUUGCUUCCCCCUUUUUCUUGAAAGAUUAAGUAAUUUUAUUUUAGUUCCAUUUAGAAUGUUGGGGAAUGAGGGACAAGGAAAAAGCAGUAUAGCUGAAAUGCAUCUGUUAAAAAUGUCAUGAUUGGGCCAGGCGCGGUGGCUCGAGCCUGUAAUCCCAGCACU